AUGGUCCUGAGCGAAUGCGGAAGCAUGUCGUGGCUGAGCUCAACUACUAUUGUUUAUUGUUGUGUAAAUAUAUGUGGUGAUACAGAUGAAGGAUUGAAGAAGGAUGUGCUGUACAUUCUCAGUGUGAUGACUCCGGAAAAAAGAAUACAAGGUGGAUACCCAGUGUGCAAGAAAAGCAUGGCAAAGAAAGUGUGUAUGGCUAUCUUUUCUGUGCAUCCGUACUUGAAAGAAGACAAAGACAUAAAACGUGUCCAACAGGGAAACCUGAUUUUUCGGCACGUUACACCGUUUUGGGUGUGGAAAGACGCAAAGGACAAAGGAGAAAGACUGUACGACAAGAUUUAUAGAACACUCGAAGCAGGUGGUUCUGUGACCACACAACCACCUACAUGCGCUGAGCGAGAUCAAUGGCAGCUCCUACAUACAUCGCCUGCUACAGUAGAGUCAAAAAAGAAGAAUUAA